AUGGUGAGCCUGUCGCGUAAAGCCGUUUGGCGCGAGGUGUUAUAUGAGAUCGCGCUGCAGGGUCCAAAUUUUCUCAACAGCCACGAUUCCCGGCUCGUGUUUGAGUCGAACGUCGACCAACCCUGUCUUCAUCGUGCGACACCCACCUCAAUUUCAUCUCGCAUCCACAGACGCCACUUCCGAUCGACACAGUCACAACAUGGCCAAGCGACGAUCAAGAUCAUAGAUUCGCACGAAGCAGGCUUCAACAACGAUGAUGACGGUUUCCGUGCAACAGUGUUGGGUUGCAUUUUCAAGAACGACAUCGGCGUAGGAAAGGCAGGACAAGCGAAAGCGAGAACGUAUCGGCAUGACGAGCCACAAGCGCCGCCUGCUGAUGCCUUUGCAUCACCGAAAGCGUCAAGGAAGAGACGUAUCGUUCUUGUUCAACGGAAGAAUCCGCUCGACCUGCGCUCUUCAUCGCCCGCUUCGCCUGACUUGCGACUGCAAACAAUGGGGCUGCUUCCCGCACCCGAUCCGGCGGCGGCUCGAAGCGUCAGUGUGCGGACUGCCGGCAAUGCGAGCCGUAAUGAAGCACGACAAUUGUUGCAGCUGGAACGCAAUGAUACCAGCUCGCCGAUCGGAACUUUUGGAGGCCAGAACCUCGGUCGAUCUAGUCGCGGACUUCGCUCAGGAUCUUCGGAACAAGCAGUCAGACUUUCGAAUGGGAAGACGGUAGGCCUUCCAACGCUCAAACGAAGCUGUCGUCUGCGUGCAGGUACCCGAGAGAGACGCGUUCCGACAUCGGACUCCGGUGCCCCGCACAACGAGAAUGUCGAUGCAUACCAAGCGCAAGACCAUGCCAAGAGCAAAACCGCGAAACGCGAUGCAGAAGAGGCGCUCGUCAGACCAAGACGUCGUCGAGCAAAGAUUCAGCGGGUCGAGCUGGGAGGUGGUUUGCCUUCAUCCUCUGCGGAUCAACCGCUCAGUGAUGCUGACCACCAUCUCAACUCUCAACCGGAUGCAGAUCAUUGCGCUGCCGACGAAUCCGAGAUCAGCUACUUUCCCACCCUUCGUCCCGCGCGUUCUUCCGACGCCAGGACGCGACACACUUCCAGUGAUGAAAGAAACGACGUUUCACCGUUUCCACAGCAGGACGCCGCGAAACAUCCGAUUCUCUUCACCGGUCAAGGCACUUGGCCCACGCUCGCGUCUCACCACACGAGGUCAGAGGUGCCAGUACCGCAGCACGAAAUUGCGGUCGGAUGUGCCGCGGAGCGCCCGGAAGAAGCCGAUUUGAGCGUGGGACUUUUCGAGGUGCUCUCGCAGAGCGCACUGCGCAAGGUGGAUGGGGCGCAGUCGGGGCAAGCCGCCUCUGUGCCGCAGGUGACCUUUGCAAGUGCCGAGGUGCGGAGCGAGUCUGUGGCGUCUGCCGAGGCUCAGCACCACAUUGAGGUCGAGUACGAUCCAUCUCGCGCUUCACGGCAUCAGGCGCAGUACAUCGCGAUGUCGCUGGUCGAACGCACGGUUGAUCUUCAAAAGUGGUCCGCGGUCCACCCUGACUCGAUCCAUGAGCGUCUGACAUCAAGGAUGCGCUCAUCGGAAUCGGGCAGGAUGCUACAGGCUGCUUUCCGACCGCCAUCGGCAGCGGUCGUGUCUCGCGACAUUGGGCUCUCGUCGAGCCAGAUGCAGAAGAAGCCCCUUGAAGAGGAAAUCGAGUUCGUUCAUCAUUGCAGUACACAUGCGGUGCAGAGUGCAUCUGGAGAUGACGACGACCGUCUCAAGCCAUUUGAGCAUCGACUUCGCUACGCCGGAUACCAUCAGUGCUGCUCGAACAGCUCAGUCUACAACGUCAGGACGAUUGGGUGUCUCCGGCCUUUCGACGAAUCCGCUUUCUCCAAACGAAUCCAAUUGCCGCGAAAGGAAGUGGUCAAGGUCAUCAUACCCUUUUCCGAGCCUUCGUUCUCCAACCAUGCAACUCGAGCUCGUUUCCUCACCCCGCACGCCACCUCAACCUCCCACCCACCUCAUCCGCGCCAUUCGCCAUCCGACGACAACAAGCCCUUGCUCGUAUGGAUGCAAUCCACAGCACAAACGUUCUUCCGCGCGCUGGAAAGCAUGAUCCACACAAACUCGUCACCACACACGCACGACAGCAGCGUGUCGCGGUCGGAUCUGUACCCCUGUCCUAUAUUGAGUUAUGCGGCUCAUGCGGAUGCUGGUGAAGGAGCUUCUCAUGUGGCGCUGUACGUGCAUCUGGAUCGGUUGGAAGAAGCGAGGCAGAGGUUGGCGGAUGUCGAGCUAAGCACGGGUGGAGGGAGCAGUUGCAGACCAUUUGCAGAUGGAGACGUGAGGCUAUUUGUUACGAGUCUGAGGGGCAAGCCACUUUGCUUGAUCUGA